GUGGGUCAGCGGUCACACACUCGUGGUGCAACAAUCAACGAUCGUCUGUUCCAUUGCACCAAAGGAGUGAAAACUCUUUGAGAUUCCCGUAAACCCUGCACCACACACUAGAAUAACUAUUCCCAGAGAAGAAGCAAGACCUAUUUUAUACAUCAUGGCUGUCAGGGCUCAGUUUGAAAACAGUAACGAAGUGGGAGUGUUCUCUAAACUUACCAAUGCGUACUGUCUUGUAGCCAUAGGGGCUACGGAGAACUUUUACAGUGUCUUCGAGAGUGAACUGUCAGAUGUAAUUCCAGUUGUACGUACCUCUAUCGCUGGCUGCAGGAUAAUCGGUAGACUAUGUGUUGGAAAUAGACAUGGUCUCCUUGUCCCCAGUACAACAACAGAUCAGGAGCUCCAGUAUAUUAGAAAUGCUCUCCCAGACCAAGUGAAAAUACAGAGAGUUGAGGAACGUCUAUCUGCUCUUGGUAACGUUAUCGCAUGCAAUGAUUACGUUGCUUUGACCCACCUGGAUCUUGAUAUGGAAACACAAGAAAUCCUAGCAGAUGUCCUUAAAGUUGAGGUUUUCAGACAAAGUCUAGCAUCCAAUGUGCUUGUUGGGAGUUAUUGUGCUCUGAGUAAUCAAGGUGGAUUGGUCCAUCCUCGCACAUCAAUAGAGGACCAGGAUGAGUUGUCGUCACUGCUUCAAGUGCCAUUAGUGGCAGGAACUGUGAACCGUGGCAGUGAUGUCAUUGGCGCUGGUCUAGUCGUAAACGACUGGAGCGCUUUCUGUGGAUCGGAUACAACCAGCACAGAGCUGUCAGUUAUCGAGAGUGUGUUCAAGAUUGGUGAUGCCCAACAGUCUUCUAUUGGAACAACCAUGAGGGCGUCUCUUGUUGAAAGCAUGACAUGAAUCAAGCUUAUAACCUUUACUAUAGAAAGCACUUUGAUAUCAGCCUGUGGUGGACCUACCCAGGGCAUGUCUGGAGGAAUUAGCGGAAUUUACCUUUCUUGGGCAAAGUACUGUACCAUACCUGAAUAAUCUAAGUCUGUUUUACGAGCGUAUAUGUUAUGAAUUCAAAAACAUAUCAGGCAUAUUAUGUGUUUCUAAAAAAAGAACACAUUGUGAUCAAGAAGUACUCUAUUCGGAUAACAUUUGCUAUUUAUAGUAGCUCAAGACAUACUAAGAAGUACCCCUAAUCGAUAGUGUAUUCAACGUGUAGGAAAAUAAAUUCUUAUCAACUUGAAA